AUUAAAAACCCCAGUAUGACAGAUUUCGCUUUGACAACAUUUAGUAGCAAAGGUAAGUUAUUACAGAUAGAAUAUGCAUUGAAUGCUGUUGCAAAGGGAGAUACAGCAAUAGGAAUAAAGGCAAAGAAUGGUGUAGUAUUGGUAGUGGAAAAGAAAUAAACAUCAAUAUUAAUAGAAGAAUAAAGUGUGUAGAAGAUAUCAUUGAUGAGUGAUAAUAUAGCAGCAACAUAUGCUGGAUUAGGACCAGAUUUUAGAGUGUUGUCUUAAUAAGCAAGAAAGUUAGUAAAGAAAUAUGAUUUGAAAUAUUAAGAAGAGAUGUUUGUAUAAACAUUAAGUAGAGAAUUAGCAGAAGUAGAAAUAUAGAAUAGAUUUAGGAUGUAUAAGUAGCAACAUAGAGAGGUGGAAUAAGACCAUUUGGUGUAUCAAUAUUGAUAGCUGGAUAUGAUGAAGAAGGUCCACAUUUGGUGUAAUUAGAUCCAAGUGGUGCUUAUUAUAGUUGGAAGGCAACAGCUAUAGGAAAAUAAGCAAAGAAUGCUAAGGCAUUUCUAGAAAAGAGAUAUAAUGUAGAUAUGGAAAUUGAAGAUGCUAUUAACACAGCAUUAUUAACAUUAAAAGAAGGAUUUGAAGGUAUUUUAUAUUAUUUAUAUUUAAGGUUAAAUUACACCUACUAAUAUUGAAGUAGGUGUUAUUAGAGAUGAUCAUGUUUUCAGAAUCUUACCACCUUCCUAAGUUAAAGAUUAUUUAGAAGAAUUAGAAUGAUUAUUAAUUAUCAUACAUUAUUC